UGGCCAAGCCGGGUUCCAUGCAGCAGGGAGUCCAAGAUGGUGGCGCUCGGGGCUGGGAGGGACGGCUCGGCGGCGGUGGUGACCGCGAGGAAGCUCUUGGUCGCCGCGUGUCUGUGCUUCAGCAGCCGCUUCCUCCCCUCGGCAGACGCCACAGGGCAGGCGGAGAGCGACGGCAGUCCCAGUGCGGCGGGGCCUCACCGGCGGUUCGAAUACAAGUACAGUUUUAAGGGACCGCACUUGGUGCAGCCGGACGGAUCGGUGCCCUUCUGGGUAUUUACGGGCAAUGCUAUCCCCAGUGCCGAUCAGAUCAGAAUAACUCCUUCAUUAAAAAGCCAAAGAGGAUCUGUAUGGACGAAAAGCAAAUCCAUAUUUGAAUACUGGGAGAUUGAGGUGACCUUCCGAGUGACUGGAAGAGGAAGAGUAGGAGCUGAUGGAUUGGCAAUCUGGUAUACUGAUGGACAAGGAUUAGACGGCCCAGUUUUUGGUGCAGCAGAUAACUGGAAUGGUGUUGGCAUCUUCUUUGACUCCUUUGACAACGAUGCAAAGAAAAACAACCCUGCAGUGAUUGUUGUCGGCAAUAAUGGCAAGCUCCAUUAUGACCAUCAAAAUGAUGGAUCCACGCAAGCGUUGGCAUCAUGUCAAAGAGAUUUUCGUAACAAGCCUUAUCCCAUCCGUACAAAGAUUAUUUACUAUCAGAAGACACUAUCUGUAUUAAUAAACAAUGGCUUUACUCCAGACAAAGAAGACUAUGAGUUUUGUGCCAAAGUUGAAAACAUGGUACUGCCUCCUCAGGGCUACUUUGGCAUCUCUGCAGCAACAGGUGGCCUUGCAGAUGACCAUGAUGUCUUGUCAUUCCUAACAUUUCAGUUGACUGAGCCUGGCAAAAUGACGCCUCCACCAGAUACAGACAUUGCUGAAAAGGACAAGGAGAAAUAUCAAGAAGAGUUUCAGCACUUCCAGGAAGAGUUGGACAAAAGGAAAGAGGAAUUUAAGAAAGAGCAUCCGGACACACAAGGCCAGCCAGUGGAUGAUAUCUAUGAGACGGUGGGUGAUCGUGAGCUGAGACAGAUCUUCGAAGGCCAAACUCGAAUUCACCUGGAAAUAAAACAGCUGAACAGGCAAUUAGACAUGAUUCUGGAUGAACAGAGAAAAUACGUCUCUACGAUAACAGAAGAGAUUUCCAAAAGAGGGUCAAAUGUCCCUAGCCAUCAAGGGCAGGCUUCCCAGUUAGAGCUUGACAAUAUUGUAAAAGCUCAAGAAGAGGUUCUGAGACAAGUUGUGGAAAUGAAAAAUUCCAUGGGGGAAACUCAGCGUCUCGUCACUGGCAUUCAGCACCACCCCGCUUCCUCUGGUGGGAUCUACGAAACCACACAGCAUUUCAACGACAUUAAGGAACAUCUCCAUGUCGUAAAGAGGGAUAUUGAGCAUUUAGUCCAGAGGAACAUGCCAUCAAAUGAAAAACCCAAAUGUCCAGAGUUGCCAAAAUUUCCAUCAUGUUUAUCCACAACACACUUCUUUAUAUUUGUAGCAUUCCAGACGCUACUCUUCAUUAGUUACAUCAUGUACAGGAGUCAGCAGGAAGCAGCAGCAAAGAAAUUCUUUUGAUGGCCUCUCUGUUGUGCAUGGAAAGCAUUGCACUAGUUGGAGAAGAGGGCAGGAAUCCUUUAGUGUUGAAAAUGCUUCAAUAUUUUAAAUUAUUGAGUUCUUUCUUAAGUACACCGAAUAAUGGAUUGCGAUGUUAUAAAAUGGACCAAUUCCAAGGCAGAAAAGAGAUAAAUUCUGCCUUUGAGCAUCCAGGAGAGAUGGGUGGAUGGAAAAUACCUUUACUUCAUUGUCAAAAUAUAUCCCAAGUAAGGUCUUGGCACAAAAGUAUUUCUCACACUUGUUUUUACAUCCUUAUUUGGGGAGAUCAUGGAAGGCAGAAAGACAAGCUGUAUAAUACUUGUUGUGUGUCUCAGGAAGAAAGGCAGGCAGGCAAGCUUUCUGAAACUGCAUCCCCUUUUAGAGCUAUAAGAUUGCAGAGAAUUUUUUUUUUUUCAGUGUAACCUUGUGGGCAGCAUUAGAUGAGCAGAGUUAGAUAUUGCCAAUUCAACUUUUAAAAGAUAGACUUGUGGAAACAGUGACAAGCGGGGUUCAGUUUAUAGAACAGUUCAGUUCUUAAUGGUGCCAUUUUUCUGUGUAGGAAAAGGUAGGUGGGAAGAGGCUCUUUUUAGCAUGUUUUGAUACAGUUGUUUGUAUUCGUUGUAUUCACAUCGAUCAUAACUUUUGUAAAAGGGUUUUUUAAUGCCUCUUCAACGAAGAGAUCCUAGCUUGCAUGGUCUUGAAAGUCAUCUGACUUGGGAGAAUAUGGGACAGCGGUGAUCUUCAAAACGUUAUCAUUAAAUGUUAAAAUUCAAACUGAACUUGGUCCUCUCCAAAGCCAGGAGUAUUGUGAAUAGAUCCUGAUGGCAUUGUUUAAAAAAAAAAUUCAGGCUUUUUCUCCUCUUUUUGCUGAACCGGUAUUGUUCUUCAUCUUCAAGUAUUCUUAAGUCUUAGCCACUUGUUAUGUAAUCCUUCUUAAGUCAGUUCCAGAACAGCAAAUGUGAUUUUACUCUGCCCUGCGUCUUGCCUGUAUAGUAUUAACUUGAAGCUUCAUUUUUUACACAUGUAGAAAUUCCAGUAGAACAGCUUUCUCAUAUCGUCAAGUGCUCAAAUUCCUCUGAACUUAAAAUAUUAUAAGACAAGCAAUGUUCAAUUUAAUCCAGUAUUACAUAUUUUGAAGGCAUUGUUUGCAGUUUUGAGAAACACAACAAUUCUAUGCAAUUCUCUCCCUUUAAAGAUAUUGGCAAUGUUAUAUUAGGUUUUAGAAAUCAGAUGUUUUCCACCAAGUUUUGAAAAAAACACAGUUGCCAAAUACCUUCCUACAACUCACAAUUGAAGACAAAUAAGCAGACUUAUUUUUCUCAACGCAAAUCACUCAAAAGAUGAUCCAUUCUGUUUCACACCAGCAAAUGUUUUUACAGGUGCCUUGGGCAAAUUAAAACCAAAUGUAUGUUGUAAAAAUGACCUACGAAAUCAAAGGGUUUGUGCGAUUUGAGUUUUCAUUAAAGAAGACGCUGCUUUUAUGCAGAAAAAAGUGGCUUCUGUUGCAUUAUUUUUCUUUGGAAAACGCUUGGGUCAUGAUAAAUAUCUUGUAGAUAAAUGUCUAUGUUUUCUUUUUGACAUAAUGUGAAUCUACCCAGCUGAGAAUUAAAAUAUUGAAGCA